UACGCAGGCAGGCCCAGGGAAGAAAAAAAGGCGGUUGCUAAGGAAGGGGACGUACCUCUCAAUCAACCCUCUUGCCCGUCUCUUGUUUUCCCCCCAUUCCCAAGUUUCAGGUCCUAUUUUGAAGCUUCACCCGCACGACCUCAUCCCCAGACUUUUGGAAUUGCCUCCGACCGCAUUUCAAACCCGCGGCUGGUUAACUUUUUUUUUCUUUCUUUAAUCUGACGACCGGUAUCUUUCCUCGGGAGAGAAGCGAUCGAAUUCCACAUUCAAUAGACAAAAUGGCUCAGUCAAAGUUCCUACGCGAGUACAAACUGGUGGUUGUCGGCGGCGGUGGUGUCGGUAAAUCAUGCUUGACCAUACAGCUUAUUCAGAGCCAUUUCGUCGACGAGUACGACCCAACCAUCGAAGAUUCAUACCGCAAGCAGUGUGUUAUCGACGAUGAGGUUGCCUUGCUUGACGUUCUUGACACGGCGGGUCAAGAAGAAUACUCGGCGAUGCGCGAACAAUACAUGCGAACAGGCGAAGGGUUCUUGCUAGUUUAUUCUAUCACGUCGCGACAAAGCUUCGAGGAGAUCACGACCUUCCAGCAGCAAAUCUUGCGAGUGAAGGACAAGGACUACUUCCCCAUGGUCGUCGUCGGUAACAAGUGCGAUCUGGAGGGUGAGCGUGAGGUUACAAGGCAAGAGGGCGAGGCGCUUGCUAGGUCGUUCAACUGCAAGUUUAUCGAGACAUCGGCAAAGUCAAGAAUCAACGUUGAUAAGGCUUUCUACGACAUUGUGCGCGAGAUCAGACGCUACAACCGUGAGAUGCAAGGUUACUCAACGGGUAGCGGAGGUUCCAAUGCGGGUGGCCCAUCCAACAAGAUGGAGGUCAACGAUAGCGAUGCUGAGGCUGGGUGCUGCUCCAAGUGUGUCUUGAUGUAACCAACUCUCAUCUUGAAGUUGGGGAGAAACAGGGAUUAAGAGGCUGCGGUGCGUGUGCGGGAAGAGCAGCCCUAUUGGAUGUGGCAACAAGACUCUGGCUUGGGAGCAGAAAGGCGCAAGCCAAGCAAGGCGCCCUCCUUAACAAUAGGGAGGCAGCGACUGGUGAUGUUACAAGACGCGACAAAAAAAAUGUUUGGCGUUCGGAGGGCGGGCUCUGUCGACAACACGAUGGCAUGACAGGGCACCGAUAUCCUGACCCUUUAGAGGCCUAAUGCCUCAUGAUACCUUGCGACAGGGUACAGGACUUAUUCUUUUUUUGCAUGGAUCCUGGAGUCGUUUCCUUUCAUUCUUCAGCGCUCUAUCCAGUAUACUAGGGAUCGGCCUGGACGCAAGAUCAAGGCUCACCCAUUCCUGGGAUGGUUAAUGGAUCGAUCGACGAAAGAAGCCCUCGGCUUCCAGGGUUUUCGUGAUCAUGGACGAGUGCUAAUGGAAAUAUUCCCCCAGUUGUCACUUUAGCAUUUGCGCUUUUCCACUAUUACCCUCUUGUUUGGCUUUUGUGCGAUUCUCGUUACCGCGUCGGGAUCGUUUCUAUAUUGAGUUUACCUGAACUGCUACUACCAUUUACUGUUUUUUUUCUUUUUCUUUUUCUCUUUUUCUUUAGUAUCGGACCGUCAUGUGUUCCUUAUUGGCUCUUCUUCUUCCUUUACCCUUCGCAUUAUAUAUUUAAACAUCCCCGUCCGGUAGCGUCUUUUCCAUGUCACUUUUUUGGUCAUAGACAGUUCAUUACUCUCUCAUUUCUAUGCUGUUGUCCUCG